AUGGCCAUGGCUGAAUUGCAAGCGGCUCCUCACUUUAGCCUCAGGGCAGCCGCCCGAUCUCUCCGCUGGCAAACUGUGCUGCGAACACUGAGUCAGAUCCGCUUGCUUGGCAAGCUUGAUGCAGUCACAUGCAGCGUGGCGGUGAGCUGCUGUGCACGGGCCGAAGAGUGGACGAAAGCUUUGCAAACUCUUCAUUCAUCCACUAGCAUUGGAAAGCUUCGGCCCGACACGGUGCUUUUCAAUUCUGUCCUUCCUGGUUUCAGAGGUACAGGUCACUGGAGACAUGCCUUCGAGAUGCAGCGGUCCAUGCAGACUCUGCGUCUGCGGCAUGAUGCAGCAACAUGCAACGGCAACCUAGCUGGGUGCCGGAAGGAGCAGGCUUGGAGACAGGCAGCUAGUCUGUUGGCAUGCUCUCUCAUGAUAGGAAUUCAGCUGGACAUUAUUCCUUGGAAUAUUGUCAUCAGCACACUCGAAUUUGACGGGUGGCCCCGUGGGAUUGCCUUGCUUUUGCAGGCACAGACUGCAACCUUGCAGCCUGACCUGCUCACGUACAACUCGGCAAUCACUUCAUGCGAGAAGACCUGGGAGUGUGCCUUGACAGUCCAUAGCACCAGCUGCAGCAGCGGGUCACACCCAGAUUCCAUCGGUUUUGGUGCAGUGAUCAACGUAUGUGAGAAGGGCAUGCAGUGGGAAGCAGCCAUCGCGUGUCUCCGACAUAUGCACGAGGAUCGAUUGUCCAACGGAGUGGCAUAUUCAGCAGCGGUGCACGCAUGCGAGCGCUGCGCACAGUGGGAGCUCGCUCUUUUGCUGCUGGAUGAUCUCAUGCAGUCUGAAAUCAAGGAUUGCAUGCCACAUCGAGUACAGCACGUUCGAACAUACGUCCACAGGUAUCUCGCUGGUGGUCCGGAAGACUGCUUGAAGCACGUCGUCCUGGUUUCCUUGCUGCGUCAUUUCGUGGAGGACCGUCGUCCAUUUUCGUACAUCGAUGCGCAUGCUGGUGGUGGCCUGUACAACCUUGAAUGCGAUGAGUCACAGGUGUUUCGCAACCACGAGGGUGGCAUCGCACAGGUGAUUGAUGGAGUUCGCAACAACGGAAUUUCUCACACGGUAUAUCGAUUGAUGUAUGCCGCCAUGGCGAGAUUGAAUAUGGCACUUGGAAGCCGUGCCUUCCAGCACUACCUUGGUUCUACUGCUUGGGCUUUCCAAUGGUUACGCAGCCAGGAUCAGGCUGUGCUGUUCGAGCUAUCGGCCGGAGCAGCUGCGGACUUGCGGCGCAGCCUUUCCAUCCUUACCGCAUCUGAAGCAGACAUCAAGGUUAUUCAAGCGAAUUCCUACGAAGAGCUUGUCAGAAAUCCACCUGUGUGCCAUCAAAGACAACUUAUUCUCUUGGAUCCACCGUACGACUCUGCAGGGACUUAUUUCACUUGGAACAUUUACAUCUUGUGGCGCUUGUACAGAGAUCGGCCGAAGGCGACCCUGGCGCUUUGGUUUCCGCACUACAGCGAAGAGCAGACGGACAUUCUGCUGCAUCGCGUGCAGCAGCUGGACCUUGGCCAGGUACUUGUGGCCAUGAUGAUUUUGAGCAGACGCUCGCGACAGCUUCCUGGUUCCGGGCUUUUGGUUCUCCGGCCACCCGACGGCCUCCAGGAAGAACUGCGGGAGGUUUUGCCCCAACUGGCACGUGUACUUGGUGCACCCGGUGCCGUGCACGUGUCCGUAAAGUUGCUGCUCACUGCAAAAGACGUGCGGCCGUCUCAGCACUGA